AUGGCCUCCCACCAAGUCGCCAUAGCAAAGGCCUCGCUAGCCGCCGGACUCCUCCGUCCGGACCCAACCUCAGUCGCGCGCGACGAGAUCACAGCCCUGCACACCUCUCUCGACAGAGCGCUGGCCCACUGCUCUCGCGCAAACAUCCAGUCCUGCAAAGAAUGGCUUCUCAGAUAUCUUGUCUCCUCGUCUAAUCGAGUCGGCUUGUUGGCGAAGUACUUGGUUGCGUUGUCGGGGUCGUUCGAGGAUAACACCAACAACUCCAACUCCGCCGCAGCGAACACGAACACAAAUACGAACACGAAUGCGAACGCAAAACAGGCGCAGCGGCCGUCCGUGAAGAGGAAGAGGCUGCAUAUGCUGUACCUCCUGAAUGAUGUGUUUCAUCAUACGAAAUACCACAGCUCCUCGUCGGCUGCAUUCUCUACCCUCAGCGGCUCGCUGCAGCCGCAUAUGGUGGAAUUGCUGAGUUACGCUGCAUCCUACGAUCGCGAGAAAAACCCGAAACACCAUAGACGGCUGGACGAAUUGCUGGAUAUCUGGCAGGAGCAUGCCUAUUUCGGUGCCGACUAUGUAGGCAAACUCCGAGAGGUAGUGGCCAACUCUGCCGUCUCAGGCCCGAUCAAGACGUCGGCAACCCCCGGUGCGGAGGGUGCCGAGCCAGAUCGUAAAUCGAGAGAUGCACCGUUCAUUAUGCCCGCGACUCACGGCGACCAGUCUGCUCCUUUUUAUGAUCUCCCGGCUGCGAAUAUCAUCCCGCAUAUUGUUCCGAAUUCGACGGCUCCGCUGCGGCCGGAUUUGAUCAAACCGUUGUUUUUGACGGCGGGUCCGGCGGACCAGAAGCUAGUAUCAGCGGUCAAGUCGUUUCUUAAUGAUGUGGACCAGAUCUAUGGGCUAGGUGAAUCGGACCAGAAAGACGGCGGGAUUGUGGACAUUGAUGAGCUCGGCCAGACCGUCGUCCGCGAUGAAAUCACGGGAGAGAUCCUCGAAGGCGAAACGUACUACGGCUGGUCCCGGUCGUUCUGCCAGCAGAUGAAGAAGAGAAACGCGCGAGGCCGCGGGAGCCGAAGUCGCAGUCGCAGCCGCAGCCCCCAUAAGCGGCGACGGUACAGCGACAGUGCCAGCGAUGACAGCAGAUACCGCAGCUCAUCUCGAAGCCGGUCACCCCGGUCACCCCGACGAGACCGGCGGUAUGACUCGCGGUCUCGCUCGCGAAGUCGUUCCUACUCGCCGCCAAGUGCAGCCCCCCAGCAACACCAACCCUCACACGCCCAAAAUACAUACGCCCAACCGCCAGGCUUCCCAGCGCAACCCCCUCAAAUGCCAUACAACCGUGGAAACUUCCCGCCGCCGCCGCCGCCAAACUACCAAGGCGCGUGGCCUCCUCCGCCUCCACAGAGUUUCUCCAACUUCCCGCCUCCAUUUCAGCAGAUGCCGCCAGGUCCACCGCCACCGCCGCCAAUGCCUCCAGGAUCGGGGCCAUAUAACUUCCCUCCUCCAGGCGGGCAAGGCUGGCAUCCCCCACCGCCGCCGCCGUCUGGACGUGGAUGGCGGUGA